UUCAUCACAAGUGUCAGUCGGGAUUUUAUAGUCAGCAUGUCGAAAACACGGGUAAACAUCGCCAAUGGAGUCUCCUGCGCCGUUGUCACUGGGUCAGGAAUCACGUUCAGCGUCUUGGUGUAUGUGCUCUUUGACAAGAUCCUUCAGGCGGCUCUCAAGCGAUCAGGCGGCUUCGGUGGAUAUGCUGCGUAUGCAUCGUCCCCUGUAUGGUCAAUUGGCUUGGCUUUUGUCUUCCCUGGCUUCAUCGGUACUGUGUCAUCAUGUGCUCGCUGCAAGGGAGGGUACAUCACCCAGAUGGUAUUCUGUAUUCUGACGCUCAUUUUCACUGGGAUCAUCUUUAUCAUAUGCGUGCUGGCACUGGGCGCAUUCAGUAGACCCGACAACCAACUCUGCCGGACUGAAGGGGACAAAUGUGUGUGCGAAGGGUCUAAAAGCGCCAGUGCAAUGACCUGUGAAGACCUCAACGACAUUAACAGCAUUGCUGUCGGCAUCGUUGCGAUGGUAGUGGUCGGCUGGAUCAUGACGCUUGUCGCCACCAUUCUAGGCGGGGUGCUUGCCUGCGAACGCUAGCUACUAUGCAAUAAGAAGUUCAGUGUCAUGCAAAGGGCAGCCUCGGCCAAGUUUUGUGAUUCAGCUCAACCAAAGUCUCGUGGUACUAACAGAAACACUUCGAGUAGUCGGCACAUUGUCCAGGCACACAACGAUCAGCAGUAUGGACCGAAGAUACCCGACACAAGAUGGUUGUAGGCUUAGCCAUCACUCGCUGACACGAACUAUUGUUGGAAAUAUCAGUCCAAGCUAAGCAGCUUCAAAUUUGAUACAUUUCUACUGAUUGCCUCUCUAAGGUCGCUUUUCAAUGUAUGCUAUUUGUAUUUGUUGUCCAUACAUCGUAUUUUCUUGUGUCAUAUACACGUCAUCUGUUUUAUAGAAAAAAACAUGAAGAAGGUACUAUUCUCUGGAUUUUGUCGCCAGUAUGUAUUUUGUUGUUCAUAUAUAUACCGAUGUACACAACCAGAAAUUAUUGAGAAUUUAAGAUUGUAAUAUUUUUUAAUUUUCACUCAUUACUCACGUAUUAAA